UCUGCGCGACAACAAUGAAAACACACAAGAACAACCCGGGAUAGUCGAACAAAAAACUAAUUGAAAAGUAAUUUAUAAACGACCGUCUUUGAGGUAGAGCUCCGCAUUCAACGUCAAACCCUGAGGAAACAAAAGUAACGUGUUCCCAGCGUAACCUUACAAAUUCAAAUUCGGGGUUUUAACGAAAAUGCAUAAGCCAUAAACACGGCUUGCUUAUUAUCUACGCAUCUAUAUCCACAAUUGAAAUUUUUGGAUAGUAUGAAGUGCAAGAAAAUGAAUUAAGACGCGAAUACCGGCCAAUGGAUUGAAAGAUAAGUGGUUCGCUUGUACAUCGUCGCAUGUGAUAAAAGUCAGUGUUUCUCCUCGAAAGAACAUCAAAUUGAAAACAAGUGUGUGGUAUAAAUAAAACACCAAAACAUUAAGCGUGAAAAUAUAUUGAACAAAUAAACGAGUGCACCAAAACAAGCACUUCAUGCAAAUCGGAUCGCCAAAAUUACAUAAAAGCUUUUCUAGCCUGACAAUUCUGUGAUUUGAAAGAGUUCAAGAAAAAAAAAAACAACAAGCAUCCCCACAUACAAAGUAAGGCAGCAACCGACCGAAUAGCAACAAACAGUGAAACACAAGAGCAAAACAAACUGCGGCACAAAAUAAGAACUGAACGAUCGAUCAUACGAUUCUCUGUUUUUUGCUAUAAGUAAUAAUCCAAAUAAUAAAAGCGUCGCGUCGUCUGAUGUCAAUAUUCGACGUUGAAAAUCGUUCAGAGUUCGAGAGAGUUAAAGGGACUAAAUUGAAAUCAGAAAAUAUAUAUUUCAACAGAUCUUUUCUGGUGAUAAGUGCAAAGGGGCAAUCGCGCGAUACCAGCGACAGCAGCAUGGACUGGUUUUGAUUAUAAUAAUAAAAACUCACGAGUAAAAUAAAAACAAAGACCAACAUAAAAUUGCUGAGCGCGUAAAUGCAAGCUGUGCUUAAUUACAAAUUUCAGUGUUGACCUUAACAUUAGUUUUAUUAUCAAUUGAACGAAAACUGCAAACAAACCUACUUUUACUCGUGUGCAACGACCUAUACAAACAUACAUAUCUAUAAGUUUCGAAGAAGAAACCCACCAACGGCGUACUCAACCGUUUAACUACAAUAAUGAGUGCAAUCGUGGUACAAAGUCGAAGAUUGUAAUUCAAAGCAUAAGCAACAUAACCAAACGGUUACAGCUUUCAGCUGUACCAAUAAAACAAAAACCACAACAACAUCAUACGCGUCCAUCCACCCCAAAACAAGAACAGUAGAGAAACUAGAAGCUUAACAAUUGCAAUUGCUCCUGUAUUUCAGUCACUCUUGCCAACUUCUUUUCGCUGAAAAUAUUGCUGGUCUCUACACCCUAUUUCAGUUUUUCGGUUAUAUCUUUAAAAAAACAACUUUGCCGGAAUGCUGGCUUCUGCGAUUGGCUUCCUGCAGGGAGCACUUGAAUUCUCCUUCUUAGGCUGUGUUGAAAUUGCAUCAGUGGCGUUCUUUGUCUAUUAUAUUUAUGCUAAAACCAGAGCUCCUUCAAUUAUCGGUAGUUUAUUUCCACAUCUACAUAUCAAUGUAAACUAUCGAUCGUCUUUAUUGAAAUUCAAUAACAUGGUUAAUUCGAAAAUGGAGCCGAAACGGGAGAACUCACUUGCCCAUGGGAUAGGCACUAAAAACAUGUUAGAGCUUACUCCACAUGCUGGAAGAAAACCAUAUAACUCAAUUUUUGAUUGGGGCGUAUACUUUCCAUAUAUUGCCCAAGCGACCCGAAGCAAGCAGUACCAUUUUCCGCGGGUGACGAAUAUGGUGCAAAAUGACCCCGUUCUUCAGAGAGCCAUUAAACAGGCCGCGGAGCAAAUUUUGAGGGAAAAACAGAUGUCGAUGGACUUUAGUAAAGAAGACCUUAACAAAAACAAUGACAAAGAAAACAAUGCUAGAGAUUCACCUUCUGGUUAUCAGAAUAUUUUGAAUAAACAAGAACACCGUGCUAUAACCAUACUCAAGGACAUGCGUUCCACACUCAACAACUUUCUUUUGGCUUUAACUUCUUGGAUCUUAUACAAGUUAUUACCAUGUUUCCUUAGCGGUGUUGUUACCCACACCCAGCAAAUUGAAAUGCUUAAGGCAGCCUCAGAGAAGGCGCCUGGGAUACCCUUGAUUUUCUUGCCAUUGCAUCGGAGCCAUUUGGAUUACAUUAUGGUCACUUUUAUACUAUACAAUAACGAUAUUCGAAGCCCACUGGUAGCCGCCGGAAAUAAUUUGCAGAUUCCUGUUUUUGGAGAAUUGUUGCGUGGCUUAGGCGCUUUUUUUAUAAAACGGAAGAUAGAUCCGGUAGUGGGAAAGAAAGACAUUGUGUACAGAGCUGUUCUCCAUUUAUAUUUGCAACACGCUUUGAAAGUGGGCCACAAUGUUGAAUUCUUUAUUGAAGGUGGCCGAACACGUACCGGAAAGCCCUGUCUGCCCAAGGGUGGAAUUCUCUCAGUUAUUGUAAACGCAUUUAUGGACCGCAGCAUCCCGGACGCCCUUAUUGUUCCAGUAUCGGUAAAUUAUGAGAAACUUGUCGAUGGCAAUUUCGUACGGGAACAAAGGGGCGAGAAAAAGGAUCCCGAGAGUUUUAUAAAAGCUAUAUCGGGCAUAUGGAAGGCCCUUAAUUCGAACUAUGGUCUUAUGCGUAUAGAUUUUAACGAGCCAUACUCAAUCAAAGAACUGGUCCAGUCCUACAACAAAAUAGCAAAUGAAGACGGUACGAUGAAAGUUUAUAAACCAUCAGUAAGGACCUUACAACACAAUCAAUCAACAUCAUCGCUGUACGGCACUGACGUGGUUUGCGAAGAACAUCGUAGUCUAAUUGACAGCAUUUCCCGACAAGUUGUCUUUGAUUGUGCUGUCGCUACAUCUGUAAUGUCGACCAAUGCUUUGGCUUUUUUGUUACUCACAAGAUAUCGAAAAGGUGCUGCAGAGCAUGAAAUAGCCAAAGGGUUGGACGAACUACGGACAACAUUGAAGGGACGCAAGGAUAUUGGAUUUUCAGGAGAUUCAUCCCAUAUUAUCAACUAUGCUGUGGAUCUUUUGGGUGAAAAUUUGGUAGUACGCCAAGAGGGUGAUGAUGGUGUAACAACCAUACAGCCAAAGGGCACUAUUGAAAGCUGGAUCGAAUUGGCUUAUUAUUCCAAUACUCUGACACCGCAUUUUGCCCUACAAUCAAUUUGCCUAAAUACUUUCCAUAAGCUACUGCCAAAGUCCGAUGUGUUAAGUGAAAAACAAGAGCCAGGUGUUUCUCGUAAACGUCUUAUAGAAGUUGCUCUGGAAAACUGUGAAGUUUUCCGGUAUGAAUAUAUCCUAAACAAACCCACUCAAGUUUUGGGAAAUAUGCUUGAAAUCGCUCUGGAUGAGUUGAUAAUGCAGGGUUUUAUCAAAACCGCCCAGUCCGACAAUCAGGCCGAUGCCCCUGUGGAAACAAUGCGGAUGGCUCGAGCCAUAGCCUCUUACAUAGAAAGCAAUGACUUGGAUCAGGAUGAUGACGAUGACGAUGACGAUGUGAAUGACUAUGUGAACGUAGAUCAAAUAGAAGAACCAGAUAUGUUUUUAGUGCCAGAAACCAUAACACAACAAAAAGCACUAUGCGAAGUGUUAGCGCCAUUUGCCCAGACAUAUUUGAUCGUAGCAGAGUCAUUAUUUAUAUUAUAUAAGAAUCCCAUGCUCGAAAGCGAAUUUAUGAAGUUUGUGAUGAAGGAGUUACAUGCCAAAGUGGCCAAUAAGCAAUGUCCAUACCCUGAAAGCAUAUCAACCGACUCUGUAAGAAAUUGCUUGAAAGUCUUAGAGAAAUGGUUUGUGGUCGAGAUUAGCAAUCAGAGUGGCUUACGUCUAUUGGCCCUGGGUACUCUUUACGAAACAUCGCGCGAUUCAUUGAAAAAUAUUCUGCAGCGUAUGUACAACAUAUUGCCACAAUAUAACAAUGGUUAUUUUUGAGGUUUAGCUGUAAGAGUUGGUUCCUGUAUAUGUUUCCUCAUUACUACUUGAUAUACAUAUUUCACCAAUAGUUUUUAUCAUCAUUGCAUUUUCCUUUUUUUGCUUUAUUUAUAAUUUAAAAUUUAUUAUAAGCAUCCAAGUGUUGUUUUGAAAACGACAUGUAACCUAUAGAUCACUUAGUAGUAAACUACAUAAGGAUAUAAGGAAUAAAUUAAGCUGAAAAUGCCAAAGCUUAAUAGAAAAUUACAAAUCAUAAACUUAGUCAAGUAUAUUUAAAAAAGACCAACAAUAUAUUGUA